AUGCAGAGACCGAGCCGCGGGACGAGCGACGUAGACAGUGCGCGCCGACCCAACUCCGACAGCGGCAGUGGUGGUGAUGGUGGUGGUGGUGGUUCAGUCUGCGGUCGCCCAACAGGGCUCUCUGCGCCGGAUUUCGAUCGUACUGGUGCUGCAGUGAUAUUUGCAUCGAGUGCUGGUGCUUCUGCGCCCGGCGUCGGUGUCACGCGGCGGCUAUUGCUGUGGCUGUCAACCUCCGACGAUGACGCCAUUGCCACUGCUGCUGCUGCUGCUGCUGCUGCUGCUGCUGCUGCUGCUGCUGCUGCUGCUGCUGCUGCUGCUGCUGCCCCAUCACCCUCACCAAUCGGACUUGUAUCAUGA